AUGGUUGCUAAGAAGAGGACUAAGUUGAGGGACAAAGUUUCGCGGUUGAAUGCCAAGGAGAGCGCUGUUGAGGAGGAAGUUCCGUACACUUCUGUGCUAGGUGAGGAUCCCAAAGCGUUUCUACACCAGAGCAAAGAGACUAAGAAGGAGAAACAGAGUCUGAAACACAGUAGUUUCCUGGACCGGUUGAGGGAGAAGAGCAGUGCCAAUGAUUUCAGUGGUAUCUCGAAGUCAGCCGCUAGACGUAGAAAGAGAAAGCUGAGAGAUGACUUAAAGCCCAAGAUGCAGGAUCUUUUGACCUCUUUGGAGAAUGAUGUUGAAGUCGAGUCAGAGAGUGGAGAGGAGGAAUACCACGACACUGUCGAAGAUAACCAUGACCCAGAGAUCAUGGAAGAUGCUAUUCCUCAACGGAAAGUUACCAGAUUGGUGAGCUCGAAGAAGUUGAAGAAGCAUGAGAAGCCAAGUGGAUCUAUUGUUAUCAAGAAAAAUGCUCCUAACAUCAGAAACCAACGAGGCGCAAAACAAUUGUCCAAACAAGAAUCCGAGAGAUUCAAUAAAGUUCUGACAAACCAAACAUUCCAACAAAAUCCAUUUGGGUCUUUGAGAGAUAUCAUAAAAAUGCAAAAGUACUGA